CAACUGCAUUGUGGUGAAGCCAACCAGCCAAUUCUCUCGGGGAAUCUGAAAAUCGUGCGGAUAGUUGUUAGAAAAAUGCAUCCACAUGGCUCCAGUAAACAUCGUGAAGAAUCGUUCUUCGUGUAGCUGGCUAACGUUUUGACGAGUGCUGCGUUUGAUUUCUUUGCACAUUAAGUAAACGAUGGAGAAAGUUGCAGUGAACAACUUGGUGGUGGUGCUUCGCCGGUUGCUGAAGACGGAAAGAGUCUUUUUGAUUAGGAAAAUGACUUCAGAGAUAAGGAAGCUCGAAAAUUCCAAGGGUCCGGACGCAGAUAAAAGGAGGCAGAAGGGUGCCCGUUGGAAAGAUCAAGUUAAUUACCUAAAGAAAGUUGACCUGACCACCAUCGCCCGUGAAGCAUUAGCUGCCGAAGAGCCAUGGAGGAAUGUGCUUGUUCGGUCCGACUCCACUCCAGAGGAGCGUGCCAUGGCACGUCUAGUAGACCGCCCGGGGGUGCAGAAAGUCAUUCAGGAGUUCAGGAGUGCCAACACUGACUGGAAAGAGUGGCUGCCGAAGAUCUACGAUGCCUGGGAGAAACGCAAGGAAAAGUGUUUUCUUUUUUCUAGUGAAUCGGAAACGCCAGUCGCAUCAUCUGUGACUGAAGCUGAAGAAGAAUGUGAGAAAAAUUUUGAACCUGAAGACAGGAGCACCGCGGAGCCACCGAUGAGAACUAAAGCAGUGCCUAAAGAUGCCAAGGUUGUGUCCACAGGUGCCUCCAAACCCGAGUUGAAAAAGAAAGUCUUGCAGGGAGCUGGCAAAAUAAUGUCCAAGAAAACACCUGACAAACAAUCCAAAGGCCUUCCAGUUCAGAGCCCUGACAGAGUGCAGAAGCUUUUUAUUAAGAUGGCAGCAGAGAAAGAGUCCGACGAAGAAUUGCCACCCAGGAAGUUCGCAGCUGGUGACCCGUUCUUCUGGCCAGCCGAAAAGACUGGCAGUGAUGAUGAAGGAAAGGAUGAGGACUCGCAGAAGUUGCCCUUCAGCCCUAGCAUGAAGCAAAGGCUGCCUCCUCGGCGGAGCAGCUUUGGCAAGACUGCAGCACAAACUGGCAAACACCGGCACAGUACAGCAUUCAGCCCUGCUGCUGGCAACAGUGGGCGGCCACAGGCCUUGAGAAAAGCCCCUGUGUCAACUGGCAAACGUCACAGUGACAGCUUAAAGGAAUUGGACCUGCAUCCUUCCUGGGCAGCCAAGCGACAAGCCCAGAAGGCAGUGGUACCAUUUCAAGGGAAAAAAAUCACCUUCAGCUGAGUUCAUAAUAAAAUCCAUCGUAAUCAAAA